CAGUCCCGCCAUUUCCCCUCCGGUCACGCCGGCAAUUCCUUCGGUCCGGCAUCCUAAGGUUUUGUGCAGAAAGAGUUUUUGGAUAAAGGAUGGUAAAAAUUAUAACAUUGGACAAAUUUCUAAGUUUAUGGGAUCAAGGAAUCUCAGGUUUUUUACUCAGUCGGUUUCCAAGGACGGGAAUACCUCGGUUGAAUCUGAUGUGUCAUUUCCAAAUGACUACUCUGAGCUUCUUACACAAGCAAAACAGGCUACAGAAUUGGCAUUGAAGGAUAACAGACAGUUGAUGGUGAGAUGCUAAGGCCUAAGGAUUAAUUAUUGAAGAACUAAAGUGCAUACUUCCUUGAGUCAACCUAGUUUAUAACCUGAGGGUAUCUUUUACAGGAGAUUGAAUUCCCAACAUCAGGACUUUUAUCUGUGCCAGCAUACAUCAGGUGAUGAUGAAGGAGGAAAUGAAAUGACUGAAAGCAUGCAGCUAAUCCGUGAAUUUUGUGACCGCUUAAUUAUUCCUGAGAAAGCCACACGAACCAGAAUAUUCUUCCCAGAGGCCAGCGAAGUUAAAUUUGCAAGAGUAUCUGCAUUUGAAGGAGCUUCCUUCAAAUUGGACUACCUUACAAAGCCCUCAUUUUUUGAGGAUUUUGGUUUUAGUGAGAAGGUGAAAAUGGCAGAUCGGGUUAAGCCAGAGGAUGAAAUUUUCCUAGUAGCCUAUCCAUAUUUCAAUGUCAAUGAAAUGCUUGUGGUGGAAGAGCUUUACAAAGAAGCUGUAGUGAAUACUACUCGGAAUCUGAUUGUCUUCAAUGGGGAACUUGAUCGUAUAAGGUCUGGUUAUUAUCCACCAUUCUUCUACCCUAAACUGGCAGCACUUACCAAGACCCUUCUGCCUAAGAUGGAGACUGUUUAUUAUAUUCAUAAUUUCAAGGGACGCAAUGGAGGAACACUUUUCAGGUGCUACCCUGGUCCUUGGAAAGUUCUUAGGAAAGUGAGGAAUAAACAGAUCUGCUUGCAUCAACAGGAAGUUAUGCCCUCCCUUAAGGAGGUUGCUCUGGAUAUACUUCCUUCAUCUUGAGAUUUCUGUACAUAACCAGUCUUCCAAGUAACUCACUUGAUUUAAUUACUCUCUUGUACUUGCAACCUGUCCAUGUUAUGGAUCCUUAAUGUUCAUAUGAUGAUGGCCAAAUAAACAGUGUAACUUCUUAAUCUCUUAUUUUCAACAACAAUUCCAUCAGGUUUCUUGAAACAGAAAGGUAUCCUGCUUUUCUAAUCUCCAGUUAUAUAUGACUACAUACAGCUUCCAUGACAUUGCCAUCAUAGUUCUAAGCUUCCUAGUUAUGGUAUCAUUCUAUGAAUUUCUUUGCACAAGACUUGUUUAAAACCAAAUGAGUGUCUCAAAAUGAAGAACCAUGCAGCAAAUGCCGUUUUAACAAUUUUUCCUCCAUUUGUGACUCCACAGACAUUUCUUUUACCAUAUGCUUCACAUCAGAUAAAUCUGUUUUAUCAGUUUGGCACCUGCGAUGCGACUGCUGUCGUCUUGGUAAGUACAAGAGAUGCAAAAUGCUGGGAACAGGGGAAGGCCACAAGCUCAGAACACCAGCCCACGCAAUGGAACAAGGUAUGUUCUACAAAUCCCAAUUGUAAUUUUCCUGUUUCAUAUUUGUCAUGGGCACAGUGAUUCAUUGUUUUCAGCUUCUUCUGUCCUCCUGGUGGAAGAAGAAAAACUCUGAAUUUCAGUUAGCAAUGAUUGAAUUGAACUUCCGUUGUGGUCUGAGUUUUGGUAAACCCAACCCAAGUGUGAAAGGAGAGACUUGAUCAUGAAAAACUCCAAUCUUAGAUUCCAAUAUCUGUCUUUGGGAAUUGGGGUGCGGCCAAUUUAUCUUUACAGUCUUUUUUUUUCUUUUUCAUUAUGGAUUUUUUUUUUAAUAAUUCAGAUCGUACUAG